AUGGACAUUCCACAAACUUGGAUGAAUCGCAACGAUGUACUCGAUGCAGACGAUGCCGAUGCCUACAACGACGAGACAUUUGGCGAUGAUGGAUGGGACGAUCCUGGCGCCCCUGCUGAUAUCUCGGAUCUCUCAGCCAUGACCUUCACCAAGGUUGAUAUCUUGCAGGAAGCGGCAAGGGGAGUCAAGCCGCCGAAUGGCGGCUCUGCUCCUGUGCAGCGCGAUGAGAAUUUUGCUUUCCCGUCGCUUCCCACGGCCCCGCCGUUGCUAGGGGAGUCUGGCAAGCCGCGGCUGAUGACGCCGCAGAUGUUGCAGGAGAGCAUGUCUGAUCUGCAUGAUAAGGAGAGAUUCUUCUCCUCUGCUUCGAGGGACCUGCCGCUUGAUAAUCUCGCUGCUCACCAUGCUUUCUCUGCUAUCGGCAGCGGGGUGCGCAAUGAGCCGGGGAGACCGGAGCAUUCGCAUCCCUUUCACGCACCUCCCAUGCCUGGAUUUCAAGUUCCUCCUUCCAUGGACCAGCAAAAGUUUUUCCAGCAGCCUGGUGUCCCUCAUCCUGGGCUUGCUCCUCGCGAUAUCCCUAUGGGCCACAUGGGCCGUCCGGUACCAGCUGGCAUGCACGGAGGAGCUGCGCAUGGCAACAUACAGGGCGGCAUGGGAGUCCCUCCGGCUAUGAAGUCCCUCAUGGAGAUUGAGGCGCAGAUGUUGGCCUCCAGUCAGAUGCAGAAAGGGUUUCCUCAUCCCUUUCCUGGCAACGUGCAGCCUCAAGCUCAUCAUGGAAUGCCCAUGCACGACUUGCGAGCACAGGAUGAUCCGUAUGGAAGAAUGCCCAUCCCUCAGAAUCACGAUGCAGCCAUGGCGAACGAAGGAGCUUACGCCCUCUUCCGUCGGUCUAUGCUCCUGGCAAAGCAGGGAGAACGGGCAAACUUCUCUGGACCCUUGAUCGGAAACCGUGUGUCAAGAUUAAAUGUUGCACUUGAAGGAGCCCUUGGUCGUCCGCCUCCGCGUGACUUGAGGAGGCCGAGACAGCUCGUUAAGAUCGAGUCGAGCAGCGAUUCAUCAGCACACGAGAAUUCACCAGAGGAAGGAAGCGAAGUGAUCGGACGAGUCCUCCAGCAAGAUCUCCCCGAGGUCAAAGUGAAUGAGGAAGAAGAGAAGAUGAACGUUCCGUCAAAGAUCUCAGCCCUUCCUCGAGCAGUCAGGAGGAGCGUCGAGGACGCCAUGCUCAAGCUGCUGGCCAUUCAAGACAUUGACAGAGGAAUCAUUUCUGCCCCCGAAGUCGUGAAUCAACGAGGAGCUCUCGUCGCGAACUACUUUCAGUUAUUGCAAGUUAACGGGACUCAAAAGAUCCCCAAAGAGAACAGGAUCGGAGCAGAUCAGUUGUCUCUGCAUGAGUGCAAGCUCGACACCGACAACUUCUUUCAGCAGCUGAUUUUGAUUCCGAAAGGAUGCAAACUUAUUCUAAGAGGACUUCACCUCCUCACACCACAGCAGAUUAAGGAAAUUCUCGAUCAUCUAUUGCGAUGCAUUCUUCCAACAGCCUUUGGAAUGGCGAUCAGCAAGCAAGCGACAGGAAUCGAGCUAGUGGUGCAGCUCAUGGUCAAGCUCGUCUACUCGCUGAAUAUUUUGACACUCUCGCAAGUUCUGCAGGAGAUGAUGAACUCCUACACUGACGGAGGGCUGCAUCUCAUGAUGUGUACCAAGCUCGGAGCUCUGGCACUAGCAGCUCUAUUACGCCGAGGACACGACGAGUAUGUGAAGGAGGAUAACGCAGGGACCAAUCAGAGCCUCGUUGUGUGGGCGAAUCUCUGCAAGAUCCUCAUCGAUCGACUGCUUGGUGGGAUGGACGCGCUCUUCCUCGCAGCCACUCAAGACAAGAGCAUCUCCCUCCCGUCGCAGAUGAUCACCGACUCAGAGGUGAGGACGAGAUAUGGUCUCCCGAGCGGGGAGAGGAUGGGCGUGGGAGGCAGAGAAUAUGGGCCAGGGGAGGUGAUGGUCGACCUCAUCUAUGAGCUCGGAGCCAACGCACAGACGGAGCAGCGGCAGACGAUCGGAAAGCAUCUGGCUGGAGCUGCCGCAAAGACGGGAAAUCAGGAGCUGAAAAUGCAGAUCGUGCAACUAGCUCAGAGCUUGAGCUUCGGGCAUGAAUGA